CAUAAAGGAAACAUAUUCACAUACGCAGGCAGUCUUCACUCAGACUCAUCUUCACUGCACAGCUAUAGACUUCAGUUUUGAUAACAUGGGCUGUAUCGUGUCAAUGGUCAAAGAUACAGACACAAUUAGAGUUGUCAUCUUGGGAAAAACUGGAGCUGGGAAAAGCAGCCUGGCUAACACCAUAUUUGGAGAGGAUGUGUUCAAGAUCAACCAUGGUUUCAACUCUGAAACGACUGAAUGUCAAUCAGAAACCAGAUCUGUCAAUAGAAGAAAGUUCACUUUGAUCGACACUCCUGGUUUCUUUGACACAGAUAGAUCUGAGGAGGAGCUGAAGCGUGAGAUAGUGAGGUGUAUCAUAGAGUGUGCUCCUGGGCCUCAUGCUUUUCUCAUUGUGCUUAAAGUGGAGAAAUUCACAGAGCAGGAGCAGGCUGUCAUCAAAAAAAUACUCAAAUACUUUUCUGAAGAAGCCUUGAAAUAUGCAACAGUUGUCUUUACUCAUGGUGACCAGCUCCCUGAAGGACAGACCAUUGAGGAUCAUGUCCGCCAGAAUGAGCUUGUGAAUGAUCUGGUGGAGAAGUGUGGUAGGAAGUAUGUGGUCAUUGAUAAUAAAUACCUGAACAAAACUGACAAGAAAAAAAGGGUGAAGGAGCUACUUCACUUAGUAAAAAACAAGGAAAGCUACACCAAUGAAAUGCUAAUAGCAGUGGCGAAAGAAAUACAACAAGAGGAGAAGCGCAAUAACAAUGAACAGUCAUCAGGAAACAUGUCAAAGGAAGAGACCAGAGAGCAGGCUAAGCGCAGUGUAAGUGAGACGAUUUUGACCACAGUGUCAAGUAUUGCAACAGGUGUAAUGUUAGGACCUUUGUUUUCUAAAUUGCAAUUAAUUAAAUUAGCAGAUAAUAAUACAAAUCUAGUUGGAAUUGUAAAAUUGGUGGCAGAGGCAGUAGGAGGAGCUGCAGUGUCAGAAGGAACAGCUGCAGCGGUGGAAGGAGCAGCUUUAGUGAUGGAAGCUGUAAUGGGGGGCAAGAGAGGAUAUGAAGCAUCUAAGGGAGCAGACACACCAUGGGAAGCUUCAAAGAGGGCUGCAGUGGCUGUCAAAGAACACUCCAAGUCACAGUAUGAUAAGUUUAACAUGAUGUUGAACUAAAAGUCAAAACAGAAUUAAAACCUAUAGAAACAAAUGUGACUGUUGAAGAAGGGGUAGAUAAUAUCAUCAAAAGAUCAUAUCCCCUCAUAAAUUAAAUUUCAACAAACAACAAUUCUUACCCUUGUCGCCAAGUGCUUGCUCAUGGUGGUACUGCUGGGUCUCUGUAAAUAAUGUUAUAAGGAGUU